UGACCGUACCAUGAAACUUAAUGGCUGAACUACACAUCCUCGGCGAGCUGUGCCACGCGUCCGACUUUGAAGAGCCGAAUCUGUUCUGCAAGUGGAGCAUCCAGUUCGGGUCCUGUUGGAAAGUGAUCGAAGGCCACUCGGAGGGACAGAGCUGUGCCAGCACUGCGCGGGUGGAGAAACGGUCGCACUUUAGCACUCCGAUCGAUCUGCAUCUGGCCUGCCGUGGCAUCCAGGGUUGGCCAAAGGUUCACAUCGAAGUGUACGCGGUGAACUCGUUCGGCAACUAUUGGCCCGUGGGGUACGGUUUUGCGUUCUUACCGACGCAGCCUGGUGUGGGGAGGGUUCGAGUGGCGACGUGGAAGGUUUCCUCGGCCAGGUUCGUGGACACGGUUCGGGAAAAGUUUCACACCGGAGGAUUUACGGUGGCCAAAAGUGACAUUGUGUUCUCCGGGAUCGAGCGGUAUAAGCUGCUAACCAAGUCGGCGGGAAGUGUGGAGUUAGAAUUGAUGCUGAUAUUUAAGAACUUUGCGGAAAAUGGUGUGGAACUACGGUAGGCUGCUGGUCGUUGUUUGGGUGAUUGCAAUGGGGUUGUGUGACCAGGAUCGUCAUUCGCAAAAGUUUGU